CCGUGACGCGACGGUUCAUUUGCAUAGCGGGCCACGCCCCUUCUGCCGACGUCACCCGGGGUCCGCAUCUGCUGCAGUCGCUGCGGGAGGAGCGAGCGCGGCAGAGAUGGCGUCGGCUACCGACUCCCGCUAUGGGCAGAAGGAAUCCUCGGACCAGAACUUCGAUUACAUGUUCAAGAUCCUGAUCAUCGGGAACAGCAGCGUCGGGAAAACCUCCUUCCUGUUCCGGUACGCCGACGACUCCUUCACGCCCGCCUUCGUCAGCACCGUCGGCAUCGACUUCAAGGUCAAGACCAUCUAUCGGAACGACAAGCGCAUCAAGCUGCAGAUCUGGGACACGGCCGGGCAGGAGCGGUACCGCACCAUCACCACCGCCUACUACCGCGGGGCCAUGGGCUUCAUCCUCAUGUACGACAUCACCAACGAGGAGUCCUUCAACGCCGUGCAGGACUGGUCCACCCAGAUCAAGACCUACUCCUGGGACAACGCCCAGGUGCUGCUGGUGGGGAACAAGUGUGACAUGGAGGAUGAGCGCGUGGUCUCCUCGGAGAAGGGCCGCCAGCUCGCCGAGCACCUGGGAUUUGAGUUUUUUGAGGCCAGUGCCAAGGACAACAUCAACGUGAAGCAGACCUUCGAGCGGCUGGUGGACAUCAUCUGCGAGAAGAUGUCGGAGUCGCUGGACACGGCCGACCCCGCCGUCACCGGGGCCAAGCAGGGCCCCCAGCUCACGGACCAGCAGGCCCCUCCCCACCAGGACUGUGCCUGCUAGGGGCCAGCCCCACCCCUCCUCCACAAACCCCCCCCAAAACCGGCCCCGGGCCCCCCCCCCCCCCCCCCCCCCCCCCCCAGCCCCUCCUCUUGGGGGUCCCGUGGGGGAAUUGCUGCUGAUACCUCCCAAAGGGCUGCGGCCCCUUUAGGAGCUCCCCCCCCCCCCCCCCCCCCCCAUUCAUUAGGCUGUGCCCCUCAACCCACCCCCUUAAUUUAUUUUGAAGCCUGGGCUGGUAGAAAACUCCCCUCAUUCUGCUUUUAGUCACUGUCCAAGGAACCAUUGCCCCCAGCCCUUUCCUGAGAACCCCCUUCCCUGGGGGACCCCUUUCCCUGGGGACCCCACUGCUCUGAGGGGACCCCCCCCUCUUCCCUGAGAAACUCCUGCCCUGGGGACCCCCAAUCCCUGGGGACCCCCUUCCCUGAGGACCCUAUUCCCUGGGGGAGCCCCUUGCCCUGGGGACCCCCUGACCUGGGGACCCACUGCCCUGGGAGACCCUCCUGCCCUGAGAAGCCCCUUCCCUGGGGACCCCCUUCUGUGAGAACCCCCUUUCCUGAGCACCCCCUUCUCUUGGGAUCCCCUUCCCUGAGAACCCCAUUCCCUGGGAGACCCCCCCUGAUGCCCUGAGACCCCCCCUGCCCUGGGAGACCCCCAAGGACCCCCCUCCCCAGGGUGUGGCUGCUUCCCCAGGACCCCCAAAUCCCCCCUCCCUCCCUCCCCAGCCUGGCAUUGCUCCCCCCUUUCCCCCCAAGAGCUCCCGGAAGGGGAUGAGCUCUUUCUUCCCGGCUUUUCCUGCCCCUCCAGCUGGAUGGAUAUUUCCUGACUCUUGUUUAUUUGUAUAAAUAGAUGCUAAUUUAUGCUCCCGCCGUCUUCCUCCUUGUACAUACAGAGAUUCCUUGUAAAUAGGCGUAGGAAGUGACGCUGUGACCUGCUGUGCUGUGGCCGUGGUGGUGCAUUUAUAUAUAUACAUAUAUAUAUAUUGA